GGCGAUACGAUCUCACGGCAAAUGUGAAAAGCAACAAUGGAGACGAUGCUAUAAUUAAACUCCUGCGACGAUCUCUCUUCUGUCAUGUUAUUCUUGCGAUCCUUCGAUUCGCUCUGCUUCGUGUUCCCGAUCCGGCGAUCCCAAAGUGGUGCGUGCCGGUCUUCCUCUUGUUGUUGCGGCAAACCGAAUUCUUCCGAUCAAAAGUUUGGUUCCUGGUCGUCGGAUAAGAAGUGCUGGGGAUCUUGUUGGAUACGAAGGCCGGUUUCCCUGCGACUGGAUCUUGAGAUGUUGGAGCAGUCGACGAGGUGACUUUUGCUUCGGCUGCGCGAUCCAUCUCUAGAUUCGAUGCGCAUCUACUUUGUCGAGAUGAUGUGCUAAAGAUGACUUCUUCUAUUCUGUUUUUUGAUGAUUUUUAUAUGAUGGUUGCAGAGUAAUAUUGAUUCUGAGUAGAAGCAUAAAGUGCAGUUCAAUACUUCUGAAGCUCGUACACUGAGAAGGUUGUUCAUUGAUGGCUCGCGAGAAAAUUUUAGAAUGUCCUGAGGGUUCCACUUGUUUUGAUCAGAGCAAAGAAAGAAUACCUGAUGUAGGAAACUCUGAAAACGAGCUUGGGAGAAGAAAAAUAGGAUCUUUAAAGAAAAAAGCAUCGCAUGCCUCCACUAAACAUACUCAUCCCCUCAAGAAGCGGAGUAAGAGGAAAGUUGAAUUCAGGGUUCCUUCAUUUUCUAUUGAGGAUGUGAGAGAUGCUGAAGAGGAGCGAGCUGUCCAAGCAUUCCGGCAAGAACUCAUUGCCAAACAUUUAUUACCUGAUAAGUUUGAUGACUACCAUACAUUGCUCAGAUUCCUUAAAUCCAGGAAAUUUGAUUUGACAAAAGCAAAACAGAUGUGGGUAGAGAUGCUUCGAUGGAGAAAACAAUUUGGAACAGACUCGAUUCUGGAGGACUUUGAUUUUGAAGAGCUGGAGGAUGUCUUGCAGUAUUAUCCUCAGGGGUAUCAUGGGGUUGAUAAGGAGGGAAGACCUGUCUAUAUUGAGAGGCUUGGAUGUGUUGAGCCUGACAAGCUUAUGCACAUAACUACAGUGGAGCGCUACUUGAAAUAUCAUGUUCAAGAGUUUGAGAGAACCCUGAAUGAGAAAUUUCCUGCUUGUUCUAUUUCUGCCAAAAGACAUAUCAGUUCAACAACGACAAUAUUAGAUGUACAGGGAGUAGGACUGAAGAAUUUCAGCAAAACAGCAAGGGAUUUGUUGUUUAAGAUGAACAAGAUAGACACCGAGUACUACCCUGAGACGCUUCAUCAAAUGUUUGUGAUAAAUGCCGGGCAUGGUUUUAAACUUCUGUGGGGCACUGUAAAAGGAUUCCUUGAUUCCAAAACAACUUCAAAGAUACAUGUUCUUAGCACAAGGUACCAGAGUAAGCUUCUUGAAGCAGUUGAUUCGAGCCAAUUGCCUGAUUUUCUUGGUGGCACAUGUACUUGCCACAAUCAGGGAGGAUGUCUCAGGUCUAAUAAAGGACCCUGGAAUGACCCAAUUAUAAUGAAGAUUGUAAAUUGCAUUGGAACAUCAUGUACUUGGGAAAUCAGGCACAGAGAUGACAAUGAACAAACUAAUGCCUCGUAUCCCAGGCGACAUCCAUCAAAGCAGAAAAGUAAAAGAGUUAAGUCAGUUGUUGAAUCAAGAUCUGAGGUAGACUUUCUUGAUUCUCCAGUCACAUCAACUUCUGAAUAUACUCAUUUAGCUCUGGUCAGAGCAGCAGAUUCUACAAAUGCAUAUGGCUGUUCUAACCAUGUUGUGCCUGAUGCUAUACUUGUAGGAGCUGGUGGUAAAAUACCAGUAUCAAGUGUGAACUGGUCUGAUGAAGUAAAGGACCAUAGUCCUUUUCCUGCUAGAACAUCACCUUCAUUAGGCAGCUUGUCCUUUGAAGGUUACAAUACCACUGAGAAUGAGUCAAGAGGAAGACUGCAAUCUUAUGGUAGAGGAUUGAUCACUUUGUUGGUAAAAGUAUUGUCCUUCCUUCUUACCCUCCGGUCUAGACCACACCAUAGACUUCACACAUCAGAUAGACUGAGCUUGAUAACUGAUAAACAUUCAAACUUGGGAUCUGCCAAGGAAGAUGAUGUCGCUCCAUGUAUCAAACGUCUUGAUAAGCUGGAGUCAUUGUUUAAUGAACUUAGCAGAAAACCUGCAGAAAUUCCACAGGAGAAAGAGCAUGCAAUCCUGGAUUCAAUGAACAGGAUAAAAAAUAUUGAGUUGGAUCUUCACAAGACAAACAAGGUAUUGCAAACAACUGUGAUGAAGCAACUGGAGAUUGAAGCGUCUUUAGAAGCUCUAAAUGACACAAUUUUUAUGAGGAGAAAAUUUUGUUGAUGCCUCAAGAUAAAACAGAGAUUAUCAUAUUUCCUUCCCCAGUCCCUGAUUUUUUUUUUAAAUGUUUUGGCUCGAGAAUGAAAGUAGAAGAAAGGAGUUGAACGGGUUAAUUAGGAUGGCCACGCUGCAUCUAGCAGACUGUUUGGAAAAUGGAAAAAAAAAAUACAAGAGUAAAGAAAGGGCCAAGUAGAUAGAUAAAAACAUGAAUUUUUAGGCUUUUGUGCUUCCUUUUAUCUUAGUUUCCCAUUUGUUCUAGUGUUGGUGUUUUUUUCCCCCCUUUCCUGGAUGCAAUAUAUGUAAAUAAUUUUGUAAUAUGAUACUGCUAUUUGAUGCUUAAAUUCUGGCAUCUAGUAGACUUCAUGCUUCGGCAUCCUCAAAGCAAGUGUGGUGAUUUUU